AUGGAUCUGGAUAGUAUUGAAGGUCUGAAUGAGGUUCGUCCUGCAGUGUAUCGCGCUGCACUAAAACUUCGCUCCUUACAAAAACUUUGUCAGAUGCACCUGGUGUCACUGCGGGAUCUACGGCCCGUUUUAAACACUUUAGGCAGUACUGGGGACCCAAUGAUUAGGCUUUCUCAUGAGGAUGUACACCAAAGUCUACAACAGCUAUUUCAGAGCAUUUCACAGGAACUUCCUGUUCAGGCGGUACCUGAAGCCACAGAUCAAACCACUAGAUUACUCUUUAAGCUGUUUGACAGAAAACAGACAGGUGUUAUCCUGCUCAGGUCAGUAGAGGCUGCGCUGAUCGCCCUUUCUGGAGACACUCUCUCAGCUAAACAGAGGGCUCUGUUCCGACUGGCUGAAAGCUACAGCGGCAAUCCGGACAGUGACUGGGGCACCAUCAGCCGAAGUGGACUCAGAGUCCUGGUGGAAGACCUCAGCCAGGUUCCAGCAGUGGUUCAGGGAAACCAUGUUUUUGGUUCUGCUGAAACUGCAGUGUCAUCCUGCUUCAGUGGGGUAAUGAGUGGAAGUGUGAGUGAGGAACAUUUUAUCAGCUGGCUACAAUCAGAACCCCGUCUGUUGUUAUGGCUCUCCACUCUCUACAGACUUUCAGUAAGUGAGGCUGUACAGCACAGAGUCCGCUGCCAUGCCUGUAAAGAAUUUCCUAUCACUGGUCUCAGGUAUCGCUGCCUCAAGUGUCUGAAUGUACACCUGUGCCAAAACUGCUUUCUGACUGAGAGACGCAGCAGGAAACACAAACCAUCUCAUCCUGUACUGGAGUACUGCACUCAGCCUUCCUGGAAAGAGUCAGUUGCGUCUCUGGCCUUCAGUGCUCGACUUGCUUUGCUGCCUCGAUAUCACACCCGGAGAGAGGCAGAGAGAAAGAGAGCCCUGAGAGCAACAUCCAGCGCAGAGUUGCAGAAUAGUACCCCAUCUCCAGUUCUACAGUCUGUAGAAGCUCCUGACACAAGGGAAGCUCCAAGGUCUGAAACAGGUCCUUCUGAUGCCUCUGCUUUGGUUACAGUAGAGUCUAAAGGUCUACAGACAGAAGAGACCGAGAUGGUUCAGAGAGAAACAGCUCUUCUCCAAAAAGACCUUAGUGUUACCCAGAAAGACAUGAAGGAUCUGCAGAGAGAUAAAUGGCUCUUGGAGAAAGAGUUUCAGGUAUGGAGAGUUGCAGCCCAGUCAGAGCAUGAUUCACUGGAGGACAAAUGCACUGAGCUGAAGACCAUGAUGAAGACACUAAGCCAACAUAACCAGCAUCUGGAAGAAGAACUGGAAAUAGUUAGAAAUGCAUUGACUCUAAGGGACAGAGAUACACUCAGAAGCGAGUCUCAAAAUCCCUCUCUCUCAGGACUUCUCCCACAAAAUGAAGACAGCAUUAGUGAGCAUGACUGGACACGACAAGUGUGUUUAACACCUCAUGACAGCUUCUGUGGAGAGGAUGAGAUUGAGAAGGGGAGAAAAGUAUAUCAGGAGGAAAGAACAGAGGAGGAAGAAAAAGAAGUUGAGGAGGAGGUGGAUACUCUUUAUGGGGCAUCAGAGGACAUCUGUACAUAUCUGGACAACACAGACAGUGUUUUGAUGCUGGAAGUCCAUACAGAUUCGUUUACUGAGGAGGUUGAGGUUGAGGGGCUAAAGGAGGAAGAGGAGGAGCUACUGCAUGAAAGACAAGAUCUUACUUUAUUUAAGCCAUCCUUGCAUGGUUUUGCACAAGAAGAGCAUUCUAUCUCUGAUGACUCAGAGAUGGAAGAGGAGGAGGAACUUUGUGAGCUGGUGCAGCGACUGAGGAAUGAGCUCUCUCUAUACACAUCCAUAGGAUCUGGAUGUCUGCAGAGAGAGGUGCUAAUGCUGGCAGCAGAGGGAGUCAGAGACUCGGUUUCUAACAUGGUCACCUCUGUAUGGUCUAGUUGA